UCCAGUGAGAGGGAGCGUCACCAAACAUCAAGUAAAGGGAGAGAGAGAGAGAGAGAGAGAAUGGGGGCGUCGGCGUCGAAGAAGGUCCGGCGGGCGAUGGAGAGCUCGCCGGAGUUCGGGUCAGCCUGCGAUUCCGCCUACAGGGAGGCCGUUUCCUUAGGGCAGCACGCCUUCCCUGGCGUCCUCCCUUAUCAGCUGCACGGCGCUGCCUCUCGCCUCCACUUCUCUCUCUCCUCCUUCCCCCUCGUCCGCAAUUGGAUCCCCUCCCCGCCGUCCCAGCUCCAGGUCGACCGCGCGCUUCGACGAACCCGACCGAACUCCAUCGAGGAGCCCCUCGGCCUGCCGGACUUCAAGGACUUCGCGGUAGAGCUAUUUACGGACGCCGCCGUCUCCAACGCCGGUGCGGCCCUCACGAGGAGGAUACCAGCCGGGCUGGCAGCGAUUGGAGCGACUUUCCUCCUGGCGGAGAGGAUCCCGGGCGGCGUUGGAGCGGCGGUUCGUUCCGGCCGGGGACUUUUCGGAAAGGCAGCUGGUAUCUACGCGCUAGGCGUCGCCGGCGCGGUUUAUCUUAGCCUUUCUGUCUAAGCAAGUAGCUGCGUCUCCCUCCUGUUCUACCCGGAAGGGGACGGACGUAUUGACCGGACUGCGUAGAUGGUACUGAUAAGAAGCAAACCUUCUGGACUUGACGUCUUCUCUGACUUAUUUAGAACAUGGCGAGACUAAGGAAGCGUUUGAUAACAUCAGAUUUGAGAUCUUUAGGAUAGGAUUUGAAAACAGUGUAUUUAGAUAAAACCCUUCCCCUUAAGAUCCGUAGUUUGAUGAAUCAUGAAUAUUACUACAAAUCUUUUACCAGCAAAAACAUGCCACAUCAGAUCUACUUCAAAUUCAUGAAUUUCAAAACUGAAGUAACCAAGCACCCCUGAAAAAACUUUAGGACGCGCUUGGCAACCCAUUGAAAAAUGGGUUUCAGAGGCAAAAUGUUGAUAACAUCUUUAGGAGGAUGUUUGUCAAGUGGGUUUCGUGAAAACCUGGUUUUCAGCCAAGUUUUGAAGAAGCUGGGAGGGGGGCCUUUUUUCACCCAAAACUGCUUUUGAACGUGAUGGGCAGCUGAAGGUAUUGCCGAUAGGCGUGAUGGGCAGCCGAAGGUUGUUGCUGAUGGAUAGUUGUUGCUUCCUGAUGCCGAAGGUAUUGCUGAUGGGAGUAAUUUUGCAGCCUGAAGGAGAUGCUUUCGCACACACCUCAUACAGUAAGGACGUGGUAGGCUUUGUUUUUGAAGGACUUUCAGGCCAAGCAUGCAUAAAUGUGAUGGAGGAGCAAGGAUCUUACAGUUUUCGUUCUGCAAAAUUUGCUGCAUUCAUGGGAGACGGAAUCCAGAGGUAUUGCCAACCAAGUCGAUCAAAUAUCUAGUUACUAUUGUGUUUUUAGUGUAGCAUCUUGGUUACUCUUGCGAGUAAUAUGUGAGGGCAGCGAACAAUAAAAUGUGAAAGUCUGAGGCGGGUAAUGGGGAAAAUCAUGGGUAGUUAUCCGUGUCAUUCACUUUUUUCAAGAUCAAGAGUUAUUGUGUGAUCUGGUAGUGUGUGUACAUACUAACGACAGUGUUGCAAUGUUGACAGUCAUGUUGAACUUUA